GCUAGGAAAGCAACUCUUCGGCAGGAAGAACUAGUCCCCAACCAGUUUAACACGGGUACACGGUGAAUGCUUCGUGACAACUUGAAGUAUUAUCACGGCCCCACUGGCACGUAGCACCUUCGGCGUGCAACCCCCUAGGUACCGCCUGAAACGUACCAAGCACAUCCUGAUAACUCCUUCUCUGUCCGGCUCACAUAAUGUCCAAGCACGCAUUCGAAAUUCCGAGCCCAUCGUCGACGCCACCGUCCAAACGUACCCGCUUCGAUCCCGACACGAGCAGCCCCGUGCGGCGCCAUACUACGCGUGUACCCACAUCCGCAUCCGACUCGUCGCCCUACACGCACUACUCGUUUCCUAGCUCAGGCACGAGCACGAGCACGCCGUACAGCAUCCCUGCCGACUCGCCGACAAACCCCUUUGGCCUCCAGCGCACUCUCCUCGCGCUCAAGCUCCCCCGACCGCUCGGCUUCGCGCAGCACCUCGCCCUGCGCUUCCAGCUCGUGUAUGACCCGCCGAGACGCGACACGAAGGGGAAGGGGAAGGCGCGUGCAGGGCAGCAGGACGAUGUGGGGAAGGAGGAUGAGCCAGCGCGGGUCCUCGCAGCGGAGCUCGAGAACGUUCACCGCAUCGUCCAGGUGCCGACGAACUACACGUUCCGCCACCUGCACAAACUCGUCCUCUGGCUCCUCGCGUCGGAUGCGCGCUGGAAGCGUCCGCCGGGCGCAACGCUGCCUUCGCGCUACCGGCGCAGCCCGCGGCUCAAAGAACAGAAGACUCAGCCCGUCGCUGGACACCGUCGGGCGCGCUCGGCUUAUGAUCGAAAGGGCAAGGGCAGGAUGGUGGAGGAGGAUCCAGACGAAGGUCCGCGUCCUGCGAUAGGCACGGACGUCCCCUCGAGCUGGGCUGGACAUGUGUUCGAGGUGCGUGAUAAUGUGCAGCUCUACACACAUCACUACCGUCCUGGCGUGAUCAAACGAGGGUCGGGGCGCGUACUUGUGCGGCUGUCGAGCGUACGGGAUAGAAAGCUCUUCCCGGACUUGUAUGGCGACAAUGCGCUCGUCAAGGCGUGCUCAAGUUCGGGCUAUGCGUCUUCCGCGGCGAGUACGAGUGGCGCGUGGAGCGAGGGAGGAGAGCUGGACGCCACAAGUUCGCCUGAGACGGACUUUGAGGAGGACGCAGACGACCUGAGCGCAGACGAAUGGGUGUGGGAGGCAGAGGACGACUAUACUAUCGAACAUGUCUGGCCGGAUGGUCUAGACUAUGCGCAGGCCAUCAUCUAUCACCAUCUUCCUGGGUGUCACAAACUGCCACCGCGUAAAGGCGCGGGCAAUCAGCCGUUCGUCUUCCGCUGGAAGGGCUCUGCUUGCGGGGCCGUCCGCAUAGCCCAUCUCUCCCCUCCUUCAUCCGCCUUCCGUCUAUCUAACGAAGUCUUUGAGGACGAAACGGACACAGACGAGCACCGCCUGCACCGUUGGAACUACCCGAACGCGUUCCCGCGUUUCCUCGCCCAGGAAGAGGAGCGCGAACGUGCUCUGCGGCGGCAACGGACCGCCUCCCUCCCCUCCGGGCUGUCCGACGCAGGCCUGAGCUCGCCUCCCUACGUCCGUCUAGAUCGUGAAGAUACCGACGCCGACGUCCGCUCGCCACUCCCGCCUUCUUCCCCGCCGCGCUACAGCUCCUCGCCCGCACGUCCCGGGACCGCGCUAUCCUCCCCCUCGCUCGCAUUCCCGUCCAUCGCGUCGCCGAGUACGAGCCCGACCAGGCCGCGGACCUCUCCGGGCGUGUCCACGAGGGCGCGCGCACGGACGCUGUCGUACCCGUUCUCGUCGCCCGGGCUGGGGAGCACGCUUGGUGCGCUCCCGCUGACGACGCCGUUUCCGGCGCACCCGCUGCUCGCGAAGCGCGUGAGGCGGGCUUCGAACCGGCUCACGAGGAUCACGAGGGAUGGGCUGGACGAUAUGGGGAGUAGUGAAGAGGAGGGAAAGAAGAAACGUAAGAGGCCCAAGAGACUCGAAAACGAGGAGGGCGGGGAGGUCCUCGUUGCGGACUCGGAUGUGGGCGAGGACGCUGCUGGAGACGAGCAGGCGGUGGAUGAUGAAGAGUUUGACGGGGACGCGCUCUUUGCAGAGGAUGGGUCGGACGACGGCGAGGUGGGCGAUCUACAGAGCGAUGGUUUCUGGCGGGAAAUGGGAGGCUUUGGAACUGGGUAUACGCAGUGGAUCGGAGAAGGGAAGGAGGAGGAUUGGGACCCGUUUGGAGAGGCUGAGGUCUGAACACAUACAGUCUGGACUCGGAUUCGCGAGGGAACGAUAGGUUGCCAUUCAUCGCGUAUAUGAAUAUUUCGCCUCGGAAUUACUGUAGUCUUGGAAUUGUGACAACGCUUUUCGUAACCUCUCAUCUCGCUGAACGCUCAACGAACUCUGGC